UCAAUGCGAAAGUCACUGUGCUUUUCUGUUAUGAUCUGGUUACUUUUGAAAUAAAAACUUUAAUUUUAUAUUUAGUGGCGAUUUUAUGUUGUACGUAAUUUUAAGUAAUGAAGCAGUAAAGCAAAAGGAAAUUCAUCUCUCUUCAUUAAUAAUUUCUAGUACAAAAAAACAAUAUGAGGAAAGCCAGUAUUGAUUUUUGCUUCUAAAUAUAAUACCUCAUUCACUUAUUUUUACUAAUUGUAUAUCUGCAAUUGUCAUUAGUGGAAAAUGUCAUUGCCUGUAGCAUAUUCCAGCUUAACUGAGUUAUUAGAAUGUAGAAAUAAAUUGUUAAACUUGUUCUCAUUUUAUAAUGAAUUUAUAAUACUCUAUAUAUUUAUAAAUUGAUAAUUUUCAUGUAACUUUUAAAAAUGGCAGAAAAAUCAGACUGUACUUCAUUUAGGAGUCCAGCAUGUUUUAAGCCACGUCCUAUUGAUGAAAAUAACCCUGCUGUCAAUGGUUCAAUGACAUUUGUAAAUAGUUCAUUUCCAAAAGAAGCUUUAGAUAUGAUGAAUAUGAUGAGACGUCAUCAGAAAUUAUGUGAUGUAGAAAUUCGUGUGGACAAUGAUACCUUUCAUGCGCACAAAAUAGUUCUGGCAGCUGCAAGCCCUUAUUUUAGAGCCAUGUUCACCAGUGGCUUAAAAGAAUCUGAAAUGUCUGUUAUUAAUAUUCAAGGUGUUUCACCUGUAACAAUGGCCUUUAUUAUCAAAUUUGCUUAUACUGGGGAAGUCAAAGUGGAAGAAAUGAAUGUUUGUAAUCUCUUACCAGCAGCAACAAUGUUUCAGGUAAAACAUUUUUAACAUAAAUGUUGCAAAUGUAUUUUUUACAUAA